AAUCAGGAAAUAGUCCAGUACAUCAAGAAUAAGCUCAGUGAGAAUCUGUCUGCAGAGAAAAGCAUCAAUCUGAUCCACUGUCUGAAUGAACUGAAUGAUCGUUCUCUAGUGGAGGAGAUCCAACAGCACAGGACUUCAGGAAGUCUCAUCACAGGUAAACUGUCUCCUGCUCAGUGCUCAGCUCUGACCUUCAUCUUACUGUCCUCAGAAGAAGAUCUGGAUGAGUUUGACUUCAAGAAAUACUCUGCUUCAGAGGAGGCUCUUCUGAGAAUGCUGCCAGUGGUCAAAGCCUCCAACAAAGCUCUACUGAGCAGCUGUAACGUCUCAGAGGAAGGCUGUGGAAAUUUGUUGUCAGUGGUCAGCUCCCAGUCCUGUAGUCUAAGAGAGCUGGACCUGAGUACCAACAGCCUGAAGGCUUCAGCAGUAAAGCUUCUGUCUGCUGCAGUGGAGAGUCCACACGCCAAACUGAAUAUUCUGAGACUUAACAUCUGUGAACUCUCAGAGGAAAACUGUGAAGCUCUGUCCUCAGUUCUCAGCUCACAGUCCUCUAGUCUGACAGAGCUGGACCUGAGUAUCAGAAAGCUGCAGGAUUCAGGAGUGAAGCUUCUGUCUGCUGGACUACAAAGUUUAAACUGUAAACUAAAUACUCUGAGGUCAGAUCAGAAAACAGUUUUUAGAAUUAUUAAUUAAAGUUCAAACAUAUGA